GCCUCCUACUAUUCUCUUCUCUCUUUUAAGGCCUCAAUGGUCUGAAACGAAGAGAAAGAGAUUUUAACUCUUAGAAAGAAAAUAUAAAAAUAUAUUAGUAAUAAUAAAGAAGCUAGGAGGGAAGAUUGAGGGAAAUUUGAUUUGCUAUAUUCUUUCUUCCUAAGCUUUCACCUUUAUUAAAAAUUGCAUUUUCUUUCUAAAGAAAAAUACAAUCUUUUGAAUUGGCCUUUCAAUCUUUACUGUUCUUGCUCUCUCAUUUUGGCCCCUCAUGGCGUCCACCAUAUCCUUGCAAGAUGUUGAAAAUGAGCAAGUUGAUCUUGAGAACAUUCCAAUAGAGGAAGUGUUUGAGACGCUGAAAUGCAGGAGAGAGGGGUUGACAGAUGCAGAAGCAAAAGAAAGGCUUGUAAUCUUUGGGCCAAACAAGCUUCAGGAAAUCAAGGAAAGCAAGUUCCUCAAGUUCAUGGGCUUCAUGUGGAAUCCUCUCUCUUGGGUCAUGGAAUCUGCUGCUAUUAUGGCCAUUGCUUUGGCUAAUGGAGGAGGGAAGGGUCCAGAUUGGCAAGAUUUCGUUGGAAUCGUAGUGCUGCUGAUCAUCAACUCCACCAUUAGUUACAUUGAGGAAAACAAUGCUGGAAAUGCAGCUGCAGCUCUCAUGGCAAACCUGGCCCCCAAAACCAAGGUCCUCAGAGGCGGCAAUUGGAGCGAGCAGGAUGCUGCCAUCUUGGUCCCUGGCGAUAUCAUCAGCAUCAAGCUCGGAGAUAUCGUUCCCGCCGAUGCUCGCCUCUUGGAAGGGGAUUCCCUGAAGAUUGAUCAGGCUGCUCUCACCGGUGAAUCCUUGCCUGUCACUAAAAAUCCCGGUGAUGUCGCCUUCUCGGGCUCCACUGUUAAGCAGGGAGAACUAGAGGCCGUUGUUAUUGCCACCGGCGUCCAUACCUUCUUUGGAAAGGCUGCUCAUCUUGUUGAUUCCACCAACAACGUCGGCCACUUCCAGAAGGUUUUGACUGCUAUUGGGAAUUUCUGCAUCUGCUCAAUUGGUGUAGGAGUAUUGAUUGAGAUUAUUGUGAUGUUCCCAGUACAGCAAAGGAAUUAUAGGCAGGGCAUCGACAAUCUACUUGUGUUGCUCAUCGGAGGGAUCCCAAUUGCCAUGCCCACAGUGUUGUCUGUGACUAUGGCCAUUGGAUCUCACAGGCUAUCACAGCAAGGGGCCAUCACUAAGAGGAUGACUGCCAUUGAAGAAAUGGCUGGUAUGGAUGUGCUCUGCAGUGAUAAGACUGGUACACUCACCCUUAACAAGCUCACAGUGGAUAAGAGCUUGAUUGAUGUCUUCAUUAAGGAUGCCGAUAAGGAGGCUGUAUUGUUGCAUGCCGCUAGGGCAUCCCGGGUUGAGAACCAGGAUGCUAUCGAUGCUUGCAUCGUCAACAUGCUGAGUGAUCCCAAGGAGGCGAGAGCAGGUAUUCAAGAAGUGCAUUUUCUGCCUUUCAAUCCAGUAGAUAAGCGUACUGCAAUUACAUAUAUUGAUAGUGAUGGGAACUGGCACAGGGCUAGCAAGGGCGCUCCUGAGCAGAUAAUUGAACUCUGUGGCCUUAAAGGAGAUGAUCUGAAGAGGGCUCAUGGAGUCAUUGACAAUUUUGCCAACCGUGGCCUUCGUUCAUUAGCCGUAGCAAGACAGACUGUGCCUGAGAAGAACAAGGAGAGUGGUGGAUCAGCAUGGGAGUUUGUCGGUUUGUUACCUCUUUUUGAUCCUCCAAGACAUGACAGUGCUGAGACAAUCAAGAGGGCUCUUGAACUCGGUGUCAAUGUGAAGAUGAUCACUGGUGAUCAGCUUGCCAUUGGUAAAGAAACAGGCCGAAGGCUUGGCAUGGGAACCAACAUGUAUCCCUCUUCCUCGCUUCUUGGACAGAGUAAUGAUGCUUCCAUUGCUUCAAUCCCUAUUGACGAGCUCAUUGAGAAGGCUGAUGGCUUUGCUGGAGUCUUCCCUGAGCACAAAUAUGAGAUUGUGAGGAAGUUGCAAGAGAUGAAACACAUCUGUGGGAUGACCGGAGAUGGUGUAAAUGAUGCCCCAGCACUGAAAAAGGCUGAUAUUGGAAUUGCAGUGGCUGAUGCCACAGAUGCUGCAAGAAGCGCAUCGGACAUCGUGUUGACUCAACCAGGUCUAAGCGUCAUUGUGAGUGCUGUCUUAACCAGCAGAGCCAUCUUCCAGAGGAUGAAGAACUACACCAUCUAUGCAGUUUCCAUCACGAUACGCAUUGUCAUGGGGUUCACGCUCCUUGCCCUCAUAUGGAAGUUUGAUUUCUCGCCAUUCAUGGUCCUCAUCAUUGCCAUCCUCAAUGAUGGAACCAUCAUGACCAUUUCCAAGGAUAGAGUAAAGCCUUCUCCUAUGCCUGACUCCUGGAAGCUCAAUGAGAUAUUUGCCACCGGUGUCGCUUUGGGGACCUACCAAGCUCUUAUGACUGUCAUUUUCUUCUACCUCGCUGCUGAUACAGAUUUCUUCACUGACGUGUUCAAGGUUAAAUCCAUCAAGGAUUCACCUUAUGAGUUGACAGCUGCUGUCUAUCUCCAAGUUAGCAUAAUCAGUCAAGCACUCAUCUUUGUGACAAGGUCACACAGCUGGUCCUUUGUUGAGCGCCCUGGCAUCUUGCUUGUUGUUGCCUUUUUUGCCGCACAAUUCGUGGCUACACUUAUUGCUGUGUACGCAAACUGGAGCUUUGCAAGAAUCCAAGGGAUUGGCUGGGAAUGGGCUGGAGCUAUCUGGAUUUACAGCAUAAUCACCUAUUUCCCUCUUGACAUUCUCAAGUUCGUCACUCGAUUAGCAUUGAGUGGGAAGGCCUGGAAAUCCAUGAUGGAUAACAAGACCGCUUUCACGUCAAAGAAGGAUUACGGAAGGGGUGAGAGGGAAGCAAAAUGGGCUGUGGAUCAGCGUACACUUCAUGGUUUGCAGACUGCUGCAGCCCCUAACCAAUGCAAUGAGGAAAGCUAUAGGGAAUUGUCUGAGAUUGCAGAACAAGCAAGGAAACGCGCUGAAGCUGCUAGGCUUAUGGAGCUUCACACUCUGAAGGGGCAUGUGGAAUCAGUGGCCAGGCAGAAGGGUUUGGAUAUCAACACCCUCCAGCAGCAUUACACUGUCUAAAGUAGAGCAAGAGCAAACAUAUACUCCGUAUAUUAACAAAAGACAAAUCAAGCCAUUUUUAUAAAGGGGAAAACAUCUACCGUCAAUAUUUAGUUCUACCUUUUUUCACAGUUUAUUGUUGUGGGUUAGAAGACGUCAGAUGAUAUUCGACAUAUUGAAUGAUUAAGAGAGGAUCUCAUAGAAGUUAGGACAAACACCAAUGCUACCCGAUGUACAAUCAAACCAAAAAACUGGAGGAAAAAAUGAUGACAAUUUGUUUUUUCAUUGUAAUUAUGGCAGAGUAUUUAAAAAUGAAUUAUCUUUUCUCUUGUAA